AUGGAAAUAAUUUCAAUCAAAAGGUAUAUUUUAUUUACAUUAGCCAUGUUUUUCUUUUUAACAUCAAACACCUUGUGCCUAGAUGAAGGAGAAAAGUUCAGUCUGCAGAGCGGAGAAGAUUAUGAUGAUAAAUAUUCUGAGUCCAGUGACAACAUCUUAGAAGAAAAGCAGAGAAGUCUAAAUUUUGAAGAGCUGAAAGACUGGGGAUCAAAAAACAUCAUUAAAAUGAGCACCCCUACUGUCAACAGGAUGUCAGAUUCAGUUGCUAAUUUACCACUGAGGUUUGGAAGAAAUUUUCAGGAAGUAAGAAGCAUUAAGCCAAUAGCCAAUUUGCCUUUGAGAUUUGGAAGAGCUUUUGGAGGCAGCCUUUCUAGACAUGCCUCUGAUUUAUCACACAGGUUUGGGAGAUCUCCAUUUGUUAAAAGUUCUGCUAAAUCACUUGCAAACUUGCCACAAAGAUUUGGAAAAUCACUGCUCCUCAACCUGCCUCAAGAUGUCCAAGUACCUGAACAAGGUAAUAGCAGGUAA